UCUUCUCACCGUGCAAUAACUUGUGGCUGCAAGUAGAUGCGAGAACCGUGAAACCAAAUUCACAUCGCCCUGCGCAAUCCAAUUGAUACCCCAAAAUAGAUUACAUUAUAUACAUGAAGUCAAUUGGCCACUGAGCGACCGACCAUUUUCCAUGGGGCUGAAAGGCGCCACCCGACACAACUGAUCGAUACGAUACUACAUAGUCGCAUCCAUCAAAACAAAAACAACACCAUGCCUAGCCCGAUCAAGGAGUCGGCCCCUUCCUUGCCGCCGCCCGCGGCGACGACACUACAUCCACCACCGUCUCCCGGUACCCAUCGUGCUCUACGGAAACUUCAUUCGGCGCACAAUCUCGGCGCCAAAGCAUACAAUCUGGGCGGCGGCCCCUCGCUCAUCUCCCAACAACGUCAACAACAGCAGCAGCAGCAUCAGCAGCAGAGGACCACCCAGAGGUCUCUGUCACCGACGCGUAGAAACGUUAGUAACAGCUACGCCAACCCGACCGCCGCCAGCGUGAGCAGGAUCAACGACAACAACACUGUCAGGUUCGAUCCCCAGCAGCACUCCCGCAAGGCCAGCUCCGGUCGUUCGCCUCAGCGCGGCCGCACCAACGGCGAUGCUCCCGUCCUGCAACAACAGACCGCUGCCGGUGCCGUUGCCGCUGUCAAGGGGCGCCGGCCUGGCCUGCCACGGCGCUCUGCUGUGGCCGAUGAGCUGUCUUUGGAACGUUUGAUACCUCACGGCCCUCCGGAUGGGGAUGUGACCAGCGCCAUAGAAAGCAUGCGGUACAGAGUCCUUCACGACGGCAUCAAGUCCAACACAGAGGGCAUGUCCCAACUACGCAUCUAUGUCUGGCUCAUCAUGCUCGACUGCCCAGUCCUAGAAACAGACGCAUAUCUUGACCUCAUUCAUCGCGGCGCAUCACCAGCCUACUCCAAGAUCCGCAACGACACCUUCCGCACCCUCACCACCGACCCACUCUUCCGCCGCCGCGUAUCGGAGGCAUCCCUCAUCCGUCUGCUCAACGCCGUGGCCUGGAAGCUGCACGAUUCGCGCGAGAUCCGCCAGUCGUCCACCCGCCAGUCGCUGCCUCAGCUGCCCGAGUCGCCCGCGCGGCCUCGGACGGCUACCAACGACACGCCAACCUCGUCGCCCGCGGUCAAGAACCGCGCACGCGCCCUGACCCUCACCACCGAGGGCUCCGACGCGGGCGCGGGAGAGUCGGGCACCUACGUGCAGGGCAUGAACGUGCUGGCGGCGCCCUUCCUGUACGCGGCGCGCUCCGAGGCCGAGGCAUUUGUCGCCUUUCAUCAGCUGCUCACUCAGGAGCUGCCGGGCUACAUACGCGGCGCCAUGGACGGCGUGCACAAGGGCCUGCGCCUCGUCGACAAGGUCCUCGCCAUCGUCGACGAGAAGCUCAGCAAGUACCUCAUGGUCAAGGGCCUCUCGGCAGAGAUCUACGCCUUCCCCAGCGUCCUGACGCUGUGUGCCUGCACGCCGCCGCUGCCAGAGGUGCUGCAGCUGUGGGAUUUCCUGUUUGCCUACGGGCCUGGGUUAAAUAUAUUGUGUAUCGUGGCUCAGUUGAUGCUUAUACGGAGCCAGAUCAUGGCGAGUCCGAGCCCAAACAAACUUCUCAGGUCGUUCCCGGCCUUGCAGGCAGACAAGAUCAAGACGUUGACUCUAUUCAUUGCUAAGAACAUCCCAGACGACGUCUACGCCGAGAUCAUCAACCACGCUCGAUGAUUCGAUCGUGCUUCCUUUUUCCUUGUUUGCUUUCGUUUUGUGGAAGCGGGCGGCGGUGGCCUUGCCUUCCAUGCUCAAGCACAGAGAAUCUGUAACAUUUUCCUUUUUCUUUUCUAUUUUUAUGACAGUAUGAUGAUCAUGAAUCGGAGUUGGGUUUGGAGGUAAAGGGUAAAUGGGUCUGUUUGAUUCUGCCCAGCAUCUCAUUCUAGCUUUCUCUAAGUAGCCGAGAAAGUAUAAUAUAUGUCGUAGGUUAUGCUAGUCCAGAAAAGCAUACCCCAUUAGCAUUUUACACAAAACAGGACAUAUCAACGCUUUCUUGAAUACUUUUCUCUGGCCAAGAAUCCAACCCGUUGUUCUUUUUUGU